AUGAGGAGGAGAAAAUCUGACAAGCAGCGAAGGCGCCUGAGCACCAGUGGGAAGAGCUGGCAGGAGCUAGAGACAUUCCAGAUAAAGCAGGUUCCAGAGAGGAGCUCCUAUUGUGUUGUGCAGAGAGCUCUCGGCAGUGGGCUGCCCUCAGGAUACAGGAAAGUAUGCCACAGCAGGUUAGUGCCAGCUGGAGACCAUGAAUACAUUGGUUGGUUUCAUGCCCUCAGGCGCCCGGCCUUGGCAGCGCAGUGGCCUGCUGCGGUUUUCUGCGGCCUGCCGACGCGUGACCCUGCGCGCUGGUGUCGCGGCGCCCAGCGCGGUGCCAGCACCCAGGAGCCUCCGUCCCCGCGCGCCGCCGCAGCGUCCUCGCCGCGCACCCCGCCGCGGAUGCUCGCGAGAAGGCUGGUCGCCAUGGCGGGGCCGCUCAAGUCCGUGGACUACGAGGUGUUCGGCAGAGUGCAGGGUGUUUGCUUCAGAAUGUAUACAGAAGGAGAGGCUAAGAAAAGAGGUGUGGUUGGCUGGGUGAAGAACACAAGCAAAGGCACCGUGACAGGUCAAAUGCAAGGCCCUGAAGAAAAGGUCGACUCCAUGAAGUCCUGGCUGAGCAAAGUUGGGAGUCCGAGUUCUCGCAUUGACCGGGCAGACUUUUCUAAUGAAAAAACCAUCUCUAAACUGGAAUACUCUGACUUCAGUAUUCGAUAUUAAUGGAGGAGAAAUACCAAUUGCUUACAUUGCAGUGCUUACAUUGUAGAAAAUAAAACAUAUUCUUAAGUUUAUAAUAGCAGGAGAAUAGUAUUAAAAAUGGAAACUUUCUGUUCUGGAAACUACGGAAUUAUACAUUACUAAAAUGUCUGAAACUGAAAAAAAUCUGCUCAGCUAUGUUUUUAGCAAGUAGAAAUCAAAUAUUAUUUUAAAAUGUCAUUAUGAAAUAUCUGAUAGGAACAUUUAAGUGAAAUAUUGGCUUAUGGAGUCAUUAAUUUCAGAAAACAUUCAGUGUACACGUUAUUUGGCUAGACAUGAAAUAAAAUUAACUAUCUAAAAUUACCUUUGUGAACCAUUGCCUAAUAAAGCUGAAUUUUAACGUCCUCUGAAUAAUAA